UAUAGCUUUCUCCUAAUAAUAAUAAAAAUUCCGCAAAAUCAUUCCAAAAUGGACCCUCCUUCCUCAAACCCCCGUAUAAGAUCCUUCAUCUCCCUCCCUACCCCAGAACCCAUAAAAUCCAAGUGCGAAAAACACAUGAUCUCCCUCCGAAAGUCCAAACGCAGACAAAUCUUCUCUCUAAAACGCCUAAAACUCUACUCCCACAGCUCCCCACUCACAGAUCUCUUCAAAUAAAUACUCCAUCGAAACCCAUACAUCCGAAGAACAAGUGCAUCUAAAAAUCGACGAAGAACAGCUAGAUCGCCUAAUUGAUAUCGCCAAGGGGGACAACCAAGUGGAAAGAUUGGAAGUAGUGAAGGUACUGAGCGAGAUGUUUUCAAGUAAGAAUAUGUGCACACAGAUGUUGAUUUAUUGAUAUAAGAUGUUUGAUGAUGAGCUCUUAGAGGUGUAUACAGAGUUGUUGGCAGUGCUGGAGAGUUAUGAAGAUAAGGUUUGAUUAGCAAGGUUGAUUGCUAAUGCGCAGUGUGGGGAAUUAGAUCAGGAUAAUCUUGAGGUUUAUCAUUCGUGUGGGUUUUUAGCAGCGGUAGGUCUUGCAGUGAAUAGGGAGAUAGAGGCACUCUCGAGUUCGAUAGGUGAUUCUAAGGAAAGCUGAGAGCUUAUUAAUCAUUAUUUGAUAAUAAUUGGAAAUUAUUUCAGAGAGGAGAAAGUAAACCCUGAAUUUUUCAUUGUGAACCAGUUCCAUGAAAUCUGCCAUCACUUGUAUGAAUUUAGAAAUACCCCAUACUUCAAAAAUUGGGGAAUAGAGUACUGGUACAUGCUUAAAUUUGUAAUGAACAGUUUGAACGAUGAUUGAAGAUCAAGCUUUACCGAAUUCCUGCCCACCUUCGAACUCGUUACAAAUUUUGGAGCAGAUAUCUUUAUUAAUUUUUUAAAGAUAUGGGUAAGUAACAUCGAGAUCCUUAGCCAAGAGUCUUCCCAAGAAGAUGUUGAAGAUAACUUGAAAAGUUUGGAAAAUUGCUCAGAAAAUAUUAUUAAUAUCUCAAUAUUCCUCAGAAAAGUUACUUCUCUUGAUCACAAAUUUAUUGGCAUGAUCUGUGAAUCAGAGGAUAUUUGUGAAAAUUUGAUCAAAGCACUUGAAGCAAACCCUCUACAUGAAGAUAAGGAGAGAUUCCUAAGUCAAAAAACAAAAGAAGCCACAGAGUUAGACAAGAGAAUAAGGGAGUUUUAUGAAGAAAUCGUUCACUGGAUUGGCUACUUUUUAUCAGAAUGCGAGCCAAAAUUCACUCUGAGGUUCUUAGAAUGAGGUCUUCUAGAUGCUAUUAAUCCUUAUAUUAAUAAGUAUACUUAUACUUCUAAUUAUUCUAUAUGGGCAAUUGAUAAUAUGGCAAGAGACACUAGCAAAAUGUCACCACAUAUAUUAGAGGAUACCCCAAUUCUUGAAAACAUUAUUAAAACUGUGAAAGGAACAAAUUGUAUCACCACCAAGUACACUUCUCUCCUCGCCUUGCAAAGUAUAAUAGAAGCUGAUUCUUUCAGCUUUGAGAUGAAUGAGAAGUGAAAUUCCUUAGGGAUCCUCGAACACUUGGUUGAACUAUUAACCUACAAACACACUAAUACUUCCAUUUUGUUAUAACCUCCCUCGAAGUCAUAACUCUAUUAUGAAUCGCAGGAACAAGAUUCAGCCAAGCAAUCGAACCUUACAAGCUAGAAUACAUCCAAGACCUCAUAGACCACCCCCACCAAGACAUCCGCCAAGCCGCCAGUACCUUAUUCUCAUCCUUUGUCCUCUCAGAACAAGAAGUGGCCUAAACUCCCCAAAACUCCCUAAAUCUCCCAUAAUUCUACACAAAUAUAAUCCUU